GUUCUGUGAGGUGAAAGUAUUUACUUUAGUAGAGGAAGGGCUAACUGCUAGCCGUCACACUGGCAGUAGUUUCAUCCAUGAUGGACCAAAAAAUUCCUUACGAUGAUUACCAGCUCCCGGUGGUAUUCCUGCCUUCCUAUGAGAACCCGCCAGCGUGGAUCCCUCCACAGGAACGUGUUCAUCACCCGGACUACAACAACGAGCUCACCCAGUUCCUGCCCCGCACCAUCGUGUUGAAGAAACCUCCAGGAGCACAGCUGGGUUUCAACAUCCGAGGGGGCAAAGCAUCACAGUUAGGAAUCUUCAUAUCCAAGGUGGUCCCUGAUUCAGAUGCCCACCGAGCGGGGCUUCAGGAGGGAGACCAGGUUCUUUCUGUGAAUGACGUGGAUUUUCAAGACAUAGAGCACUCAAGAGCCGUGGAGAUUCUAAAGACGGCUCGAGAAAUCCUGAUGAGGGUUCGCUUCUUCCCUUACAACUACCAAAGGCAGAAGGAGAGAACUGUCCACUAGGUGGCAGAAGAGAGGGGAGCAUGUCUCGUCAUUACCUUCCUCCCCCAGAAUCUGGCCUUCAUUCUGUCUCGGCUUCACAAUGACAGAUGUAUGACUAAGCUCAUCAUUCAAGGUCCUCCCAAUAAGGAAAAUGUACUCUGCUGUAGCCUUAAAGAGUGUGGCUGUCUGUCGUCUGCUGCCAUACUGAAAGGUUUCUGCCGUUCGGCACAGGAAAGCAAAACCCUAAAUGUAGACACUUUACAUAACAUUGUAUUACGACUUCAAACAUUUAAGGAACCUGUUUACUUUCAUUGCCUGUGUCAGCUUUGGAUAUCUGUUUUAGUUUUAGAUUGGAACUCAUGUGCAUUUUGCACAUUAGACACUGAUAUAUGAAUAGAUUUUAACCCACAGUAACUACAGACAGUCUGGCCUGUCAUUCUGUAAGAACAAAAUACAGUGCAGGACUGCUGGUAGAUUUAGAAAAUAGAUAAUCUAUAUAUUAGUAUCGCACGUGAAUUUUUAACUAUUUAACAAAUGUUUUAAUUUGAGCAUGAGAUGAUAAAUGGUGUAGAUGUUGAUUUAAUAUUGUCUGGUUCUAUGGUUAUGAAUGUCUUUUUCACUCUGCCCUUUGCUACUUUCAGACUAUAUGUUUGAGAUGCCAAACUUUUAAAAGGUGUGAAGUGUAGCGUGCUAUUAAAGGGAACUACACAAAUGA